AUGCCUACGGUUCCCAGGUUGGAUGGUGACAAUCAGGAACUUGCCGAGAUUCAGAACCAGGGACUUCCCAGUGACGAGAGAGCAGAGCAGUUGGAGACCGAGACAAUGACGGGUCAUCUUGGGAUUCUUUCUACUGAUAGCGGUCGACGUGCGGUCAGAUCUGCCUAUGGCGCGAUGGAGAGGCUGCUUCCCGAGCCUCCCCAGCCCGCGGUAGUGAGAGGACAAGCCGAAACGGGUGGAGGAUUCGUCGUUCAACACAGGCAAACCAAGAGCGAGCCGCAGAGGAUCUUGAGGGUCACGAACCCAAGCCCUACUACUAGCCCUGCUAGGCCUACUCCCAUACCUGGAACGCAGUCAAUCCCGACGAAGAACAGACAGGUAUCAACAGAGUCGACACUGUCCGAUAUUCUCAGAUCAACGGAGAGGAGGCUUCAAGAACGUGGUACCAGCGGAGUGUCGCGGCGAAACCGAGCGACAAUAGCAGCGGCAUCUGGUCCCCAUCGAGGCCUGUCUCUGCAUGUGGCCAAGAGACUUGAGGAAAGCCGUGACCCUGGUCUUCGACGGAGCGAAGCUCUCAAGGAAACUCGAAGGACUCGAGCAGAACAUGAACUCCCCGUAAUCAGUCCAUCAAGGAGUGGUCUCGUGGCACCACUAACGCUCGUUCCUAAGCCAUCGGAGCAGGAACAGCGGCCAGAUUCACGGGAAUCAUUGUCCUCGGACCCGGAUAGUCUUCUAGCCGAGCCUGCAUCCUCGGAAAUGCCGUCAGGACUGACGAGUCCAAGCCGGGUUUCGAGCAUAGCCGGAACUUCGAGCGUUGCCGAGACAGAUAUCGAGAUGCUCCUCUUGACUAUGGAUAUGCCGUCGAACCGCAGCUCCAUGACCUCGGCAGCAUCUCUUUCCACUAUUCAUAGCGAGGACGAAUCAUCUGAAGGGGAGCAAGAUAUCAAGGGACUUCGCUCUCCAUCCAACAAGAGCACCACCUACAACAAUACGCUGUUAAACUCCAUAGUACUCCCACCACCGACAAAACAUAGAUAUGUCGAUGCCAAAACGGUGGUAGUAGAGAGCAAACCACCAGUCAGGUCAGGGGUAGCUCAUACUCCCGAGCGCAAGCGUCGCUGGCCCUUCAUAAACACACACACUAGGACAGACGACGGCAAUAUCCAUCAGCCGCCCUCGUCAACACCACGCUCAGGUUCGCGCCUUUCCCGACAAUGGUCAUUGCAGCAACAAGAACGCAAAACCAGCGAAUCAUUAUCCAUAUACUCGCAAGACUUUGCGGCCAACGAAGCCUUCAGCCCAGCAUCGGUACCGACAUUCAUGAUGCCCAUUCCGUCCAGUCCCACCCGGACAUCCCUCCCGCCAUCACCAACCAGCGUGGGACUAGCAGCAGCGCAAGCUCUUAACACCGCCAAUUUUCAGAGGAACUCCAUCCUCUUUGCCGGAGCCCAGCAACAGACCCCCUCUCGCCGCACUUCGCGUACUGGCAAUACCAACAACAGGGUGUCCAUGCUAUCAGCGCGGCGACACAUCGACGAUGUCGAAGAGGACGAUAACAAAGAAAAUAUGGCGAUUACACCCAAAGCCAGCCCCAUAGCCGCCACCAUCGCCCAGCUGCGACGCAUGAACAGCGUCCUCAGCACCGCCUCCAGCGUAAGCAGCAUCAACACCGAAGUCGCCGACGGAGGCGGCAACGGCAAUCUGAGCAGGAGGAAUAGCAGUGUGGCAACUGCCAGCCCGUCACAGUCGGCGCUUAGAGGCGGUGGAUUCAACCCCAACCCAAGACGUGACAGUCAUCAUAGUUAUGGCCAUUGGCGAAGUGGGAGCAGAAACUAUCUGUUUGUGCUGAGCGGCGGUGCUGGAGCCGUGCCGCCGACGCCGUCGACACCGAAAGUUUUGAAGAGAGCGGGAGGAAGCGGCAACGGAAGUGGUAGCGGGGUGCGUCCGCUCUUAGCACAAGUGAACGCGCACUACUCGCGGACUGGAUCGGGCUCGGACUCGGGUUCAGGGAUAGGAAGAGUCGUGUCGAUAUCCCGAUCUGGGUCGCCGCAGAGGACAACAUUGACUCCGACCCAUGGACACCAUCGAAGCCUGGGUGGUUACGGCGGCAGUAGCGUAUUGGGGAAUCCCAGUCCGAUUAACGUCAACAUUUUGAAGAACCGGUUUCAGUUCAACGACGAGGACGACGACAACAAUGAUGGCAUGAACGAGAGCGGAAGAGCCGGUAAUGUUGAUGGUUCUGCCCGAAAGCAGGAAAGUAGUGGCUUUUUGGCGGGCAGCAGGAAGAACGACGUGGGCGAAGAAGAGGAGAGCAAGAGGAAGCUUCCAGUCAGAUUUACGUUGCCGAAUUCCUCUCCUACCAGUAUUGAAGUAACGGUGAAUUUGCCUCCGUCGUCGCCGUCGCCGAGGUCAAAGCAGGCUCAGACGGGCAUGGUGUAUGUGACACCGAAGGGGAAGCGAUGGAGAGACAGAGUAAUGAGAGUUUGGGGCUUUAUGACCGGGACGGCUUCUUGA